ACAUUUGUGUUGCCAAGCGGCGCUUUCCACUACCGCUAACCCCGUCCUGCCAAGAGACGAUAGGAGUAAUAUAGUGCGAAUUUACGCGAAAUUAUGGCAUCGACGCCUUUGAAACGUGUGCUUAUUUUUUGUUGAAUCACUUGUCAUUCAGCGUCAACUUUCAAAGUCGUAAUUACUAAAGUCAAAGAGGCAGACGAUGCUAGUCAGUUAGCCCCGGGGGUUGUCGCUAGCUGGCUAAGGAAGUUAGCCGGUUAGCUAGCGAGCCGCGUCAGCUCGCCGGAGGCUGAUAUCUCGUUUCGCGCAUUUCAAACCUGUUCACCGACCUCUGUUACGGGUUACACCGACUCCCGGGAACGAAAACGAAAUAUUCUACGCAUGGCAACGCAACAAAGGGGAGACUUAAAGUGUAUAUAAGUCGCUUGUAAAAUGAAGAGAUAGCGUUGUUUGUGCUGCUCGGCUAGUUUUCAUCUGAACGCCGCUCUUUUGUUUUGACAAAGGAAGAGGACUUGAGUUUCUCUCUUUUUUUUUUUUUAAAACAUCUUUUGGAUCUUUUUUCUUCAUACAUCUGCUUGUGGGACAGUUUAGUUUGCUUUGUUUUUGUGUCGGUAAUGGCUCCACAGAAGCAGAGCCUCCCGGCGGGGUUCGGUUCUGCGGGGUACCAGCCGUCCUCCUCUGCGGCGGCUGCAGCGAAGAAGCCCAACAUGCAACUCGUUCAAGCCGACCACGAGUUGUUCCUGCAGGCCUUUGAGAAGCCAACCCAGAUCUACAGGUUCCUCCGCACCAGGAACUUGAUCGCUCCCGUAUUCUUGCACAGGACGCUCACCUAUAUGUCCCACCGAAACUCAAGGAAUAACGCCAAAAGGAAAAGCUCCAAGGUUGACAAUCUGCUGUUCAAAGUGGAGAAGAUGAGAGGAGAACCGGAGACUCACAGCUUAGCCUCUAAUCUGCAGCUCACCUUCACCGGCUUCUUUCAUAAAGAUGGGAAGCCGUCUCAGGACUGUGAGAACGAGCAGAACUCUGUUUCUCUGGAGGUGCUGCUGGUGAAAGUUUGUCACAAGAAGAGGAAGGAUGUGAGCUGCCCGGUGAAGCAGGUCCCCACAGGGAAGAAGCAGGUCCCCCUGAACCCAGACACAAGAGCUGGAGUCCAGGCCAAGCCGGGCUCCUUCCCCUCCCUGCUGGUUCCGAGCAGCGAGUUUGAACCCAGCAACUCUCACAUGGUCAAGUCCUACUCGCUGCUCUUCAGGGUGUCGAGGCCAGGGUGCUCCUGGACGCAGAGCAACGGCCUGACCAACGGAGAGAAUCACCACAACAGAGAUUUUACAGAGGAAGUGAUCAACAGGAAAAGGAGGAGCUCCUCUCUCAGGGACGAGGGAGAAACCACAUUUGUGGCCCAGAUGACAGUCUUUGAUAAAAACAGACGUCUGCAGUUGUUGGAUGGGGAGUACGAGGUGUCUAUGCAAGAGAUGGAGGAGUGUCCAGUCAAUAAGAAGAGGGCGACCUGGGAGACCAUCCUGGAUGGAAAGCGUCUGCCUCCGUUCGAGAGCUUCUCUCAGGGUCCCACCCUCCAGUUCACGCUGCGCUGGACCACCGACUCCUCCGACCGCUCCACGGCCCCCGUGGCUAAACCUCUGGCCACCCGCAACUCUGAGACCAACCAGGACAGCAGACCCAGCACCCUGAGAGCCACGCAAACAAACGAUGUUAAAGAAACCGUAAACACCGACGUGCAAACCAGGAGAGAACUCAUCUCAGCGGAUCCACGGCAGAAACUACGCAUCUUCUACCAGUUCCAGUACAACCACAACACGCGGCAGCAGACCGAGGCCAGGGACGACCUCCACUGUCCGUGGUGCACGCUGAACUGCAGGAAGCUCUACAGUCUGAUCAAACACCUCAAGCUGUCUCACUCCCGCUUCAUCUUCAACUACGUGCCUCAUCCUAAAGGAGCCAAGAUCGAGGUCUCCAUCAACGAGAGUUACGACGGAUCGUACGCAGGAAACCCUCAGGACAUCCACAACCAGCCGGGCUUCGCCUUCAGCAGGAACGGCCCGGUGAAGAGGACGGCGGUCACGCAUGUUCUCACCUGCAGAGCCAAGAGGACGAAGCCGAGUCUGUCUGAGUUUCUGGAGUCGGAGGACGGCGAUCAGGAGCAGCAGAGGACGCUCAUCAGCGGCCACAAUCGCCUCUACUUCCACAGCGACAGCUGCGUGCCGCUGCGGCCUCAGGAGAUGGAGGUGGACAGCGAGGACGAGGGAGAGCCCGACUGGCUCCAAGAGAAGACGACUAAGCAAAUCGAGGAGUUCACCGACGUCAACGAGGGGGAGAAGGAGAUCAUGAAGCUGUGGAACCUCCACGUCAUGAAGCACAGCUUCAUAGCCGACAACCAGAUGAACCACGCCUGCCUGGUGUUUGCCGAUCAUUACGGCGAACACAUCGUCAAACACGACCUCUGCCGCAACUUCCUGCUGCACAUGGUCAGCAUGCACGACUUCAACCUGGUCAGCACGCUCACCAUCGACCGGGCCAUGGCCAGACUCCGCCUCCUCAGCAGCCAGAGAGACACGCACAGAGGGGAGGACGAGGGAGAGGAAGAGGAGGAGGAGGAGGACUGGGAGACGGCUGUGGAGUCGCAGCCCGAGCCCGAUCCAGAUCCAGAUCCAGAUCUCGAUCCGGCAGAGUACAAACCCUGCAGCAAAGAGACUAAUCAGGGCUGCUUGAAGACCGGAAACCAGCAUCAGGAGGAGAAGGAGGAGGGAGGAGCUGCGACCAGCAGGCCCAUAACUGAACGGAAACGCUCUCAAUCUGAUUCGGAUUCUAAAAUGCUAAAUGUUAAGUCGGAAGAUCCGUGAGCAGGACUUUUUGAUCUAGAAAACAGAGCUGGGAGUCAUGAAUCUACGGUCUACAUCUCUGCAGGGAUUUUAAUUUGAAGGGCAGAAACACGAUGAUGUCGCUAGUUUUCUUUUUUUUCUUUUUUUUUUUUUACAAAUUUACAUCAAGAGAGGCUUCAGAGGCAUUUCUCAAAAUUUCAAAUCUGGAAAGAAUUAGAAAAAACUGAAGCGAAAUCUUUAAAUCUUUGUAAUUUUCUUUGUAUUGUGUUCUAGAUAUAACCGGGUCAAAACUCCUGUUACCACAUCCGUUCCUCUUUGAGGUCAACCCAUCAGGUUAUUAACGACCAACAUUACAGGACAAAUCCAGAAUCAGUUCAGCUUUCAGUCUGGGGACGGAUUUGCAGACAGCUGUGUUUUUAACUUUAUCCGACAUGGGAUCCAAAAAGUUUAUUAAAUGCUGCGUCAGAUUGCUUCUCCUUCCUCUCAUUUAUCAACUACACUUUAACAAAAAGGUCUGAAACUGUAGAGAACCUUUCUGUAUUAUGUUCAGAUGACCAGUGAAGUCCAUCAGUGCCACAAACAGGAAGUUGUUUGAUCAGUCGCAGGUCACCAUGGGGAGAAUGUAACGGCCUGUUUUACUUCUGCGGGCUGAAGAAAUCUGCUGCAGCUUUUCCAAAACGUUCUGUCUCUAAUCUAAACUAAAGAACGGAUCAUUUCCUUUUGUGUUUUUUUUGUUUUUCUGGACCUGAAGCACCAAUCAGUUGGACUUUGCUGCACCAAAGGUUUUCUUUAUUACUUAACUAUUACCACAGUUAUUGAUCACACAUACCGGUACAUGAUGUUUGAACGGUUCUUCAGGGCUCCGAUCGAGCAGCUUGUACAGUUUCUAUCUCAGUCUUUUUUUUUUUUUACAUUUUCUGAACAACAACAGUGGACAUGAAGAGGUCAGAACUCUGCUGCAGUGUCGUCCUCUAAUGUCCGUCUGAUCUCUGGUAUGUAUAGACAGAAGGGCUGUCAGCGGUGAAGCGUUAACUACCAGGCGGCUCAGCUGACGAGUCAAAGGUCAUAUCGACCUGGUGGCUUCAAAUGUUUCACUUUUUUUAACGUUCAAUCAUGCCGUUUUUUUUUUUACUGUAACAUCCAUGACAAGUUCCUUUUUCCCUGUUUAAGUUAAUAUCAUAGCCUUCUAUCUUUUAUUAUAUUUCAAAAUAAAAUCAGGUUUAAAUCCAAACAAAGAAGAAAAGUAUCAUUGACUUAAGACAGUAAAGAACUUCAAAAUAAAAGCCUAACAAGAACUUGGAUGGAUUUAAACAUGUGAUUAUUCCCCGAUUACCUUUUUGAAAGAUUCAUAGAAAGAAUUAUCGUUUGACAGGUCGUUUUAUAUUUAUUACUCUGCUUGUUUUCUAAGGACUUUCCAUAAGUGAAAAAACACCUCAGACCAAUGUUUUCAGAAUUCUGGAUCAGCCCUCGACUUAAGUAAUCCAGUUUAAGGAUCUUUAUGUUUUUUUACACUUUAUUUCUUUAUGCACACUCAGACACGAACGCCUCCGCUGCAGGUUUCAUCUCUGGUGCUAGAAGCCUCGCUGCUCCUUUUCUGACAGCGAUCACAGACGCAUUCUGACUUCAUCAAAAUCUGUCUCGGGAUUUUUUCCUCCUCUUCUUCAGGAACAACAAGGCCCCGCCCCCUUUUAAGAGGCCACAACCGAAGGGGCAACAUUUUUUUGAUUUUGAAAGUUUGGCGAUGCAAAACUCUCCGUUAUCAGUCUCGGUCAACGUGUGGAAGUAUCGUCUCUGUACAGGUUCAGUUGAGAAGUGAAGAUCGCUUUGAUUUUAGGUUCAGCACUCACCAACCAGCAAGUUUUCAUGGAGUUUUUCUUUUUUUAACAAGAACACAAUCUACAGAAAUGGACUCUUCAGGUGCUUUGUAAAAAAACAUGUCUGCCUUUAUUUGAACUAAGGGCUGCAGUGAGUAAUUAUCUGUAUAAUCAAUUAAUCUGUUACACUUAGAAAUGUUUAUAAAAUGUGUAAAUAAGUCCCUUCAGAUUCCCAGAGUCCUAAAGCAUUGUCUUCAUAUCGCUUCUCUUUCUUCCCAAAAAAUACAAAUUCACCUUUCUUUACUGACCUAGAGGAAAAGAGAGGAGGCAGACCUGCACAUUUCUGAAGCUGGAAUGGACAUAAACUUGAUAUUUUCAUCUAGAAACUGACACCAACACGGCAAAAUUCAACUCUGAUCUGUUUAUUAACUCAAUAAGAAUCUUUGACGACAAACAUAAAGGUCUCUGGGAACCACUACUCUUCUAUUUCUCUGCUUAUUUACCUAAUUGAUUAUUUGAGAAAUGAGUCAUGCAAUUAAAAAAAAAGCUGCUUGUGCACGUUCAGAGGAGGCGGAGCCCGCAGCAGCACACACAUCCAGGUGAAAACAUCGACACAAGGUUGAUUUUUUAUUUUAUUUUAUAGAUUUCUCUGCAGGUGUUUGGUUUAUUUCUCCCUCUCAUUUUGGUCUGCACCUCACGCUGUCAAAGUCAAACCCUGUGAAAUGAAACCAGCGUAUUGAUUAGGAUUGUCUGAAAACCUUGAGCACCACCUGGCAGGUUUAGUAGUUCAGUAUUUCACACACCAAAGGGGAUCGUUUCGUUGCAGAUUUCUUUGACGCUUCUCGCCUCUCCGGUUUAGUUUUGUAAAUAAGUUGUAAAGCUUUCACUGCCUGGACGGGAUCUCAAGUUUCAGUGAGACCGAAAGCACAACAUCCACAUGCUGGGGUUUUAGUUUUUUCUUUGCUGCAUGUUGCAAACUUCUUUUUGUUUGCAGUGAGAUCCUGCAGCAGUCAGGAAGGACGUUCCUGCUGGGACUGAUGCAGAAAGAAUUAAGAAGUCCGAUCUGAAGUGUUGGAUUCAUUUGUGACUCUUUUAAAGCUUUACAUCAGUUUGAAGGAUGUUGUUGUUUAGGACGUAGACAACGCAAUGUUUCUCCUGAUCUUUGUUUGAUUUUAUUCUUUCACACGAGACCAGCAGCAUUUUGCACAAAAUGGGAGGAGCCAUGUCAGGAAUACAGAAACUUUCUCUUCAACAAUUUAUGUAAAAAAAAAAACAGCUUUGAUGAACGGGAACAUUUUGAGUCGAGUCAAAAUGGUUUUCUAUUAAAAGAUCAACUUUGUACCAUUA